CGAGUUGUAUUUAGUCGAUGGUUAAAUGGACAGAUAAAGUUUUUUUGUUUGUUUUUUUAAGUGGUGUCUUUAUAUUUCACAAGCAGAAAUAUGAAGGUUAUAAUUACGUGUUCCUGUCAUAGCAACGGCCAUGUUUUAUUUGUGUUUAGAUACCAUGUCGAGACAGGUCCAGUUGCGAUUCUCAAGUAAUAUCGUUCUGACUGAAGUACAGAUUUGGUCUUAACCAUGCCAAAACUUCACUGGUUUCCUUUCUGGAGACAUACGAGAUCAAGCCAAAAUUGGGCCAGUGUUGCAGCCACAAUAUGUGUUGCCGGUUUCCUCGUUUUCUCUUGGAAGAUGAUGUGGGAUCUGCACAUCCGAAGCUUGAAUGGUCUGUUGACGUCAUGUGAUGGAAUACAACAGGAGCCCGGCCGUCUGAUGGCUAGUGUCGAGUUGUCGGGAGGAUUGGGCAACCUAAUGUUCCAGUUUGCCUUUCUCUACGUCGUAGCCAAGACCCAUGAGUAUCAAAUAGUCCUUCCUAGCAGCAAGGAACUCGAGAAACUGAAGGAAGCUUUUGAAAUCGAUUUUAGUCCUUUUGAGAAACCAAACUGGGACGGAAAGCUGACAGAGAAAUGUUUUAAAGUCAUUGAGGACGAUUGGGAUUGUGCUUAUGAUUCCAAGAUAGUGGAGAAGUCAUGGAAGAACGUACACUAUAAAGGCUAUUUCCAGUCCUGGAAAUAUUUUGUGUCAUAUGAAGAAGAUCUUCGCAAAAUGUUCAGAUUUCAUCCACAUAUUCUGAACGAGGCAGCUUCAAUUCUACACAAAGCGCUCGCUAGUAAAUUAGGUGUGUUUAAUAAUACGGGCGACCGACCAGUGUUAGUGGGAGUCCAUAUAAGAAGGGGUGAUAUGAAAAACGAGAAAAUAUUUGUUGAUUUCGGUUAUAAAAUUGCAGAUGCUGCUUAUGUAAAAACUGCCAUGACUUACUUUCGGCGGAAUUAUCAAAACAUUAUAUUUAUUGUUAGCAGUAACGAUGUGAGCUGGGCGAAAGAAAACAUCAGGACGGCAGCUGAUGUAUUCAUUGUUGAAGGGAACACGGCGGUCAUGGACAUGGCGGUUCUAUCGCUAACCAACCACACAAUCAUGUCCGUUGGGACGUUCGGUUGGUGGAUCAGUUUCCUUACGAACGGACAUACUGUUUACUACAAGUAUCCGUUCGUACCCGGAUCUCCACUUAGUGAACAGUUUAAAGGUAAUACCGACACUCACCUGUUUCCACAGUGGAUCGGAUUAGACGGGGAGGACAAAUUAUAGUUAAUGUCCUAACAGAUAGGAAGUGGUCGUCACGGUGAGAAACACCACAGCUACGGAGGGAUGAUUGAUAUUUUGUGAGGCUGGUAUUGAAGUAGGUACUCAAAAAUGUUCUGCAUAAGUCCUACUAUUAUUUGACUAUUUUGGGCCGUGUACCCAAGGACUGGUCUCAUUUGGAUAGUUUAUAUCGACGAAAAAUUACGGGAUAAUAUUAACCUUAAGCGCCGCGAAAAGCUCACUAAAGGUGUGUCAUUCCAUCAGGAAAAUGCUCCUGUUCACAAGUCUGUCAUUGCUAUGACGGCCAUUAACGAUUGUGGCUUAAAUUGAUUGAGCAUCCGCCUUAUUCACCUGAUCUCGCUCCAUCAGACUUUCAUCUAUUUCCAAAACAGCUAUUUCAGGCACUCACUUUCAGUCUGAU